AAUGUCAGAAGAACAGGAGAAAGAUCGUGCUUCACCGUCAAUUCGACAAAGUCGGCUACCUUUUCAAUCUUUAAAUAGCCCAACAAAAAAUGAAAAAAAGAGAAAGCAUAUAAAUGAUCAAGGCGAUAAUAAGUCUGAUUCAAAAAGACGAAAAUCAGGUCUUGAAUUUCUUGAUCAAUUUUUAAAGGGUAAAGCCCAGAGUCAAAACUCGAAAACAUCUGUAACUGUGAAAAGUGAAAACGAGCCGACAGAUGAUUUGAGUUCUAGUGAAAUUGAAGAGAGCGAUAAUGAUAAUGAUAACUUUGACAAUGAAGCCGAUGUUUCUAUACUGUCUGAGGAGCCAUCUUUUAUUUCAAGGACUGAUUCAAACGCCGAAGUUCAAGAAGUUUCAUCUACAUCCACAGACACACCAUUAAGGGAUAAAAACGAUUUAAAAAUGAAAAAACGUAAAACGAAGCUUACGGAUGCAGAAAAGGGAGAAAGAGAGAGACAGAAGCAACUUCGUUUGAAAGAAAAAACAGAAAAACAAAGGAUGAAAAAAGAGCUAAAGGAGAGAAAAGAGGAGGAAAGACUUAAGCUGAAGGAAAUGAAACUGGAAGAAAAACGAAUGAAGUUGAAAGAAAAAGAAGAGAAAGACAUCGAGAGACGACAAAAGAAAGAAGAGAAAGAAGAAGAAAAACGCCAAAGAAAAGAGGCAAAAGAGCGAGCACGAAUCCAAAAAGAGGAACAAAAUAAGCAAAAGCAGGAAGAAAAGAGACAAAUUGAGGAGGAAAAGAAAAAGCUUGAGAACGAAAAAAAAAAACGCCAGCAAAAAUGUCAAGCUGCCUUCCUUGGUUUUUUUUCGAAGGCUCAAAGACCUGAGCAAUCAUCCCCUAAGUUUAACAAAGAUGAAAGAUUUCUACCAUUUCAACUUGGGAAAAAGCAAAAAUUAGCUCCAAUAUAUCGCACAAAUAUUAGUUUUUUAGAAGAACGUUUGUCAGAAUUGGACUACUUCCUCUCCCAUCAGAAUAGCAAACAUAAUUAUUUAAAAACUCUGAAAAGUGACACAUAUCAAAUCGGAAAAUCAGAGCCAACCUGGACUAAUAAAGACGGCGACGUUGUACUGGUUGCUGAUGAAAAACCUACGUUACCGUGGAGAAAGGCUAAGCUAUUUCAGUUUCAUGAAAAUAAUAGACCAGCUUAUUAUGGUACAUUUAAGAAAAAGAGUAUAAUCGUUACUGCACGUCAACCAUUCGGAAAAGAUGACAACUUAGAUUACACUGUUGAUAGUGACGAAGAGUGGGAGGAAGAAGAACCAGGUGAAAGUAUUUCGCAUAGCGAAGGAGAAGAUGACGAUGAGAAAGUCGAGGAGGGUGAUGAUGAUGAGGAUGACGGAUUCUUUGUGCCUCAUGGCUAUUUGUCUGAUGAUGAAGGUUGUGAGGAAGAUGAGGCUGAUGAAAAGCUCAAUCCGGAAAAGUUGAAGGCCCGCCAACUGGCUAUGGCUCGCAAGUUUGAAGAGGAAAUCAAGGAGCAACCUAAAACUCUGAGACCGCUAAUAGUAGGAUGUUGCUGGAGUAACAGCGCAGAAAAAGUACAAGCAAAAUUUCUAAAGAUUCUGAAGCAAUAUACCGUUGAAAUUAUAAUCGAAACCCCAAUUCAACUUGAAAAUAUCUGCCACUCAACACCAUCACAUCAUGACAUGUCGGAUUGUGGGGAUAGUUCUAGAAAGGGUUCAGCUCUAACUAAGCCUAUACCAAAAGAAGCUAUGCCACAUCUGAUACGCUUUCUUCAUGGGAAUUGGAACAGCCGUGAAGCUAUCAUUCGGGAAUUUAGACAAUUUUGGUCCAAAAAAAGUCAAGAAGGUGGAAACGAGAGCGGAACCAAUUCCGUUAUCUCGAAGCGUCAAUUAGAAAUUCGAAUCAAAGCGAUUGCUGCUUAUGAUAAACGAACGGAUUAUAAGAAUCGAUGUUGGUAUGUGAAGGAGAGUGUUAUAAAUGAUUAUGCAGUGACUGAUUUAAAAAUACCUAAUCCAUACGCCAAAGAGAUGGAAUUGAACAACGUUAAAGAAGUUCGUCGAGUUGACGAUUCAAAGAAAACUUAG